GGGGAGUGAGUUAGCUCUGUUGGGCAUGAAUUGUUUUAAAAAUAUUGAAGCCUAGAGUUAUCUUCACGCGAAAUCCCGUAGUGUAGUGUGACUUUAAAAAUAAGAAAUGGAAGGAGAGCUAACAAAAGCAGCAUGUAAAUAUAAAAUGUUCGAAAAUCCAAUGAUCGAGGGUGUGAAAUGGAUUGACAGAUAUGCACUCACGAUCGAUAAGUUUUGGAUUAAAUUGCCAGAGUAUAUGCGGAACACGUUUGUUACUUUUGCUGUGUUACUUAUGGCGUCAACUAUCAAAGGUGACUGGAUUGCGAUUGUUGUACAUCUGGUAAAACACAUCAAUGGCACGAGCGCAGUCAUUGGCGAACAGUUGAAUGGCUCAAUGUACCGUACGAACGCAACAGGUGAUGUGAAUUGGAGUGAUAUACUUGAAUUCAUGAGUCUGCAAGGGCUCCCGCACUUUCUGAUCUGGGCAAUUGUUGGAUCGUUUCUAAUCUAUUUCAGUGCUGGUGGAUUCAUUCACUGGUAUUAUUAUACAAACAGACGUGAUAGGCCCCAUGAGUGGAAGUGUCAACCCGAGAAAUUUCUGUCUCCAGAAUUGGAGUUACAUGAAGUAUUUGUUGGUUCAUUCUCGCUAUUGUUGAUGAGUUGUCUCAGUGGAAUACUAUCUUGUUAUGCGAUUAAUAAUGGAAAACUUCUAACGCUCUACUACCGUUGGGACGAAUAUGGAUGGUGGUGGUUUGUCGCUCAAAUUAUUGUGAUUUUUAUUUACCAGGAUUAUCUGACCUAUUGGCUUCACAGAAUCUAUCACUGGCCUUGGCUUUAUAAAAAUUUCCACAAACUACAUCAUACUUAUAAGCAGCCGACAGCAUUUUCAGUAACUGCAAUUCAUCCGAUUGAAAUUUUGCAUGUACAACUUACCAUGUUACUGCCAAUAUUUGUUAUACCGACGCAUUGGGUCGCUUUUUACAUAGUCGAGAUAUACACUUAUGCGCAUGGUAUUUUGAACCAUAGUGGAGUCAACAUCAAAUCAUUCUGGUGGCAACCCUGGCAACCGGAUACGAUGUUUCACGAUAAUCAUCAUCAAUACUUCCACGUAAAUUUCGGUUUUAACAUCUUCAUCUGGGAUGUACUUCAUGGAACUUAUCGGCGAAAAGAUCGUGUCUAUUCAGAGGAUAUUUUCUUUGGCAAAGGAAAAAGUUUCAAUGAAGUCUCUAGCAAGGAACUGUUGAAUGAUUUGGCUGAGCGGAAAAAGGAAAAUCCACGAGCGUACCGAGAAAAUGUUAACGAAUAUAAUAUUAAUGAUGUCCUCGUGAACACAUUAAAGAACAAAAGACUAGCAAGCUGCGAUUCUAAGAACGAAUAGGUUGGAUUUGAUACUUAGAAUUUUAUGUAAGGUGUUUGCUCGGAUUAUUGGAAUAUUAUCAAAUCGUUAUAUUGUAAUCAUGUCAAUUAUUAUUUAACAAAUAUAUAUUUUUUUAAAUU